AUGAUGACCCUGCUUAUGGUGACAAGUUAUAAACAUUUGAUGGCUGCCUUACAAAAGCAGCAGCAGCAACGAAAAUAUUUGAAUUUUUAUCUAAAUAAAAUAGUCUGCUGUCUGCGUUUAACAUUAUUCUGCCUGUAUGCCUUGAUGUGGUUGGGUCUACUAGACUCCACCACCCGUCUAACAGAGGCAGCUCCUCAUAUGCGUUUAACACAGCGCAACAAUCAUGCCAACAUCUCUGAACUGCUGGAUAAUCUAUUGCGUGGUUAUGACAACAGCAUACGACCGGGAUUUGGAGGGCCACCUGCUACUGUGGAGGUGGAUAUAAUGGUGCGCAGUAUGGGACCCAUUUCGGAAGUUGAUAUGACUUAUUCCAUGGAUUGUUAUUUUCGUCAAUCAUGGGUGGAUAAACGUUUGGCAUUCAAGGGUGCCCAAGAUACAUUGGCAUUAAGUGUUUCAAUGUUGGCUCGUAUCUGGAAACCCGAUACAUAUUUCUACAAUGGCAAACAAAGUUAUUUGCAUACAAUAACGACACCAAAUAAAUUCGUACGUAUCUAUCAGAAUGGCAGGGUGCUGUAUUCAAGUAGACUCACCAUUAAAGCUGGCUGUCCCAUGAAUUUGGAAGAUUUUCCCAUGGACAUACAAAAAUGUCCUUUAAAAUUUGGCUCUUUUGGUUAUACCACGGCCGAUGUUAUCUAUCGCUGGAAUAAAGAACGACCAGCUGUGGCCAUAGCUGAGGAUAUGAAAUUGUCACAAUUUGAUUUGGUCGAUUGUCCGGCUGGUAAUAUAACGGACGUUGUUUACAAAGCAGCCUCACCCAAUUACCAAAAUGUCAUUGAUGAAAACAACUACAAGCUCAGAGAACAACAACAGCAACAGCAGCAUCACCAUCAACAGCAACAAUUUUCACUGCAACAGCAACAAUACCACCAACAUCAGCCGCAGCAGCAGCAACGUCAACAGGAUGCCGCUAAAAAUAGUAAAAUUGUAACAACAUUUGCUGGACCAGCAGCUAAAAAUCAACAUGUUCGCGGUACAGGCAUACAAUUGGACAAGGCAGCUUUUGACAAACAGGGUCGAGGUAUACGCUUGGAUAUGUCACAGACAUCCGAAUAUUCCACGCUCAUGGUGAAUUUCCAUUUACAGCGUCACAUGGGCAAUUUUCUCAUACAAGUCUAUGGACCCUGCUGCUUGCUAGUGGUGCUCUCCUGGGUCUCUUUCUGGCUCAACAGGGAAGCUACCGCUGAUCGUGUUUCUCUGGGCAUAACCACCGUCCUUACCAUGACUUUCUUGGGCCUAGAGGCACGUACCGAUCUACCCAAAGUGCCCUAUCCCACGGCCUUGGACUUUUUUGUAUUCCUCUCAUUUGCCUUCAUAUUUGCCACCAUUUUACAAUUUGCCGUAGUGCACUAUUUCACUAAAUACGGCUCGGGAGAGUGUUACUUUAUCAUAGAGGAAAUGGAAUCGGAUACCGAAUCGGAAAUGAUAGACAGCCAGACGGGUAAUAGAAGUGACCUGGAUUCUGAGUAUGCCACCAGUACAGAGUCGAAAAUAUAUGAGGUCAUACCUUUGUCCAUGUGUUCCAUAAACAUACCACAACGUAGAGAAUCGGCCAGAAGAAAUCGUCGUCGUCGCUCAGAAGAUGGUAAAUUUAAAGGAUGUUGGGGCUUUUGGUACAAUUUGCUGGAUUGUUUGAAUUGGCCUUGUGGUAAGAGCAAUAAAACGAGACAUAAAGCUCAGUUUGAGGUUUCCGAAGACGAAGAUGAUGAGGAGCAACAUUUGAGAUCGAAUGAAGGUUCAACCCCCCGUAAAUAUUCAGCACGCAGACGUAUGUCCUAUUAUCGCCGCGAAGAACUGGAGGCUAGGCGUAAAGGCAAACGUACACCUCAAUAUAAUUCGGUAUCAAAAAUAGAUCGUGCCUCUCGCAUUGUCUUUCCCAUAUUAUUUCUGCUCAUCAAUGUUUUCUAUUGGUAUGGUUAUUUGUCGCGCAGUUCACGCCUCUUGGCCCACAGUAAUACGACCACCUGAUGUUACCUAUUAGCAAUUUAGAUGUGUUGAAUCAAAAGAAAUCGUUAAGAGUUUAAUAAUAAAGCAGAGAAAUAUAUGUUGGGAUCAAUUGAAA